AUGUCUAUCACUAUCGAGGAACCCCAGUGGAAGUACGUCGAACUUGGCCGCGUUAUCUUCAUCGCCCAAGGUCCUGCUGCUGGCAAGAUUGCCACCAUUGUUGAGAUCGUUGACCAGAAGAGAGUUCUCGUUGAUGGCCCUUCCGUUGACCGUCAGGCUGUCUCUCUUUCUCACACCACUCUGACUGACUUUGUCAUUGAGGGUCUGUCGCUGGCUGCUCCCACCGAGGAGGUUGCCAAGCUCUGGGCUUCUGCUGACAUUGACAGCAAGUGGGCCGCCUCUGCUCUUGCUAAGAAGCUUGCUCAGCAGGAGAAGCGCGCUCAGCUCACUGACUUCGAGCGCUUCCAGGUUUCUCUUCUUAAGAAGCAAAAGAAGGCUGCUAUUUACAAGGCUGUUCAGGCUUAA